AUGGAACUGCCGCUUCCGCCGGCGGCUGUGCCGCUCCAGCCCAUCAAUCGCUCGGUGGUGCUGUCUCCCCAGUUGAAAAAGAAGAUGCUGGCGCCUCAAUUGGGGCGUGUCACCAGCUUCACACCGGUGGCGUCUGUACCGGCAACUUCAUCUACACUGGGGCUGAUCUCUCUUUCUGGACUGCCCCGUCGACGCGCUGGUCGGUUGUCACAUCUGGUGCUGUGCCAACAAUUAGCACCUUCCGCUGAUGAUCAAGCCAAAUUAAACUACCGCAUCAAUGAGAUCCAGCAGAAAUAUGCUGAGUUGCAGAUUCAAUUUAGCCAAUUAGAGACAGAUCUUGAAACCAAGCGAGCUGAAGCCAACCUAGUCGCCACCCACAACAAACAGUUGACCGAGGAAAUCGAGUACUACAAAAAGCUUAUCGAACUGCUCCAAGCAAAAAUUUCUCAACUCACCUUGGCAAACGAUGCUCCCGAAGAUUUGCACAAAUUGUACCAAAAGCUUCUCAAAGAGUACAAGGUCUUGCAAACAAAUUUUGAGCUAGAAAAAAAUGCUAAACUAGUGCUCAUUGACCAGAUUGAAUUCUUGGCCAAAGAAAAUGAGUCUUUACAAACUGGUAAGUCAGUGGAAGAGGGCAUCAAAAAUUUAAUCAUUGAUGACGAAAAUUUAGCCGACGAUGAUUUGCUGGAGACAGAAUUGGAUUUUUUUGAUCAGGACUCACUGUUGGAUUACACUUCGAACUAUGAAUUUCCUUCUGGGUUAAAAGGACCACCCAGUCCCGACAUCAAUACUCGAUACAAAAGGGCUCUGUUACCUGCGUCGCAUAAGUUACAAGCGGAGACCGAAGAUUUUGUUUUGCUGCCCCUAAAGCUUGCAGGGCCAGCCCACAAACGUUUUUCAUGCCUGGGUGAAUCAUCAAAGCAAACAAGUAAACCACGACGUCUGUGGCGCCGACUGGCUGGUCAUCAAAGAUACUCAUCUCAUGAUCUUUUACCCAUUCAAGUUGAAUUCGAGCCUGCUGUUUCAACUAAUUCCCGCGAUUCGGCGUUUGAUACGUUGAAUGGCGACCACAUUGUUAGCCCAGUGACACCAGCACCUUCUGAGGUAUCACUGAAGCGCCUGAGUUUGGAGGACCUGGUGCAGUCGCGGGAAGAGUUGACAAGACUUAAGUUUGAAUUGCAGCUGUUGAGACUACAAAACGAAAAGCUUCUUUCUUACAUUGGCUAUGAAAUGCAGCGACUGCAACAACACAAGCACCGCGAAACAGAAGAAGCGCCACAUGAGUAUCUGGACCGCAAAUUGAUCGAACGCCUGCGGGAGGUACUCAUCAAAAAAAAGCGGGUGUUGCGGCUGGUCUCCAUCAACCCGUUGCAAAAGCUGGCAACUUUGGGCCCUAACCUCCCAUCAUUUGACGACGCUUAUGGGUUUAUGGCCUAUAAAAGCGAUCUCUCCAAGCGAGUGUUUUCAAAUGGCUUACAAGCAUAUUAUCGUUUAGACGAAGUCGAUGGUGACGAUGAUACGCCGUCAGUAAAGAAGCACACCCUGAUGGUUUUCACCGGAUUGGUCAGAGACUCCGAUCUGCUGCUGGACCUGGAUUAUGACGAAGAUGAUGAAGCAUUCACUGACGAGGAACCCGAUAUACUUGACUUGAUACCGGCCCCGCCGACAUCUGGGGUGUUUUCUUCAUUUAAAUACUUGAUGUUGGGUGCGCCAAACCACCGGAGGAAGUCGGAUGAACUUGUGGAUGACGGGCUCAAGUACAAGUUUUUAACGAUAGCCAUGGCCAUCACUGUGAUUGGUCUUCAAUUGAGUCAUAACCGUCACCAUUAG